AUGAAGGAAAUAGUUGACACAUUAUUCCCGACACAUGAGGUGCUCCCAAGCAGAUCAGAUGAUCUCCUGAGAGAAAUGCCGCCAAUAUUUACUCUACAAGAGCUUUUUGCAGCUGCUAGCGCGCUAAAAAAUAAUAAAGCUCCGGGGCCAGAUGGAAUACCGGCUGAGAUACUAAAAGUGAUUGCUAAUGAACGACCACAUGUACUACUAAAAAUGUACAAUGCUUGUUUAAUGGAAGGCAACUUUCCGGAAAUUUGGAAGAAACAGAAACUAACUUUAAUUAGUAAGGGUAAAGGCGACCCAGAACGUGCUGAAGCAUACCGACCACUCUGCAUGCUCGACACCGCUGGAAAACUCCUUGAAAGACUGAUCAAGCCUCGACUUACAACAGCAAUCGAAUCAGCAGGUGGCUUGUCACCGAGACAGCACGGUUUCAGGACAGGACGCUGCACGCUAGGUGCAAUAGAAGAUAUAAUUACGGCAGUAAAGACUGCACAGACUGGUAACCACUAUUCGAGAAACAUUGUCUUGCUUGCAACACUUGACGUACGAAACGCGUUCAAUAGUAGUACCACGCUACCUGAUGGAUAUAAUAGCUAUUUGAAAAAUCGCGUGCUAGUCUACGACACUCACGAUGGACCAAAAGAAAAACAAAUCACAUCAGGAGCAGCGCAAGGAUCAGUUCUCGGACCUGAGCUGUGGAAUGAUAAUUACAAUGGCAUCUUAGAGCUGGAAAUGCCGGAGGAUACACAUCUGGUGGCAUUUGCAGAUGAUGUUGCAGCAGUGAUAAAGGCAAGAAAUAUAGAAGAAGCGCAACGAAAGCUAACCAUGGUAAUGAUACGAACACAGGAAUGGUUAGAGGAUCACGGACUCAAACUCGCCGCGGAGAAAACAGAGUUGAUCUUUCUCACAAGAAAGCAUAUACAGCUAGAAGUUGAAAUGCGAGAAUGCGACAAAACUUUAAUGUCGCAAAAAACAGUCAAAUAUUUAGGCCUUCGACUGGAUUCCAGACUAACAUUCUGGGCUCAGAUUGAGGAAGCGGCAUCUAAAGCGGGAAAAGCUACAGCAGCAUUGAGCAGACUUAUGGCAAACAUAAGGGGACCCACACAGAGUAAAAGACAGCUCCUCAUGGCUACGGUAAAUUCCAUUCUUCUAUACGGAAGCGAAAUAUGGGCAGACGCACUACAAGCAAAAUACCGAAGAAGAGCGUUAGCGUCAGUGCAGCGAACAGCAGCUCUGAGGAUAUGCUCAGCGUAUCGCACCGUUUCAGAAGCAGCGGUUCUCGUGAUUACUGGAAAUAUUCCUAUUGACCUACAGGCUCAAGAGCGAAAAACAUGUUGGCAGGCAAAACGAAUGGGAAACAACAACACCGGCAAGCAGUUGGUAAGACGCAGAACUAUUGCAGUAUGGCAGCAACGCUGGAACUCAGAUAACCGUGGACGAUGGACUGCAAGGCUUAUCCCAGAUCUAAAAACCUGGCUAGCAAGAGACUUUGGCGAGGUUAACUACUACCUCACUCAGUUUCUGUCGGGACAUGGAUACUUUAACAGCUAUCUCUAUCGCAUGCGCAAAGUAGAGUCACCAAAUUGCAUAUAUUGCGGAGCGGAGGAUGAUACCGCAGAACACACUUUCUUUGAGUGCAAUAAGUGGUUGCCCGAACGAGAAGCACUUGCAAUGCAAGUUGGUACCUUCACUCCCAGGACGGUAUCGGGAAAAAUGAUCGAAAACAUAACAAACUGGGAUCGCAAAUUUUUGGAAUCCUUUGCAGACCACUAUGAAACGGAAUUUUUCCGCAGACGUAAUAACUUAAAGAUUAGCAAUGGGACCGUUGAUGAAAGUGAUUAUUCUGAAGAACACGAUUCACCAAAAAUUUUUCAUAAAGCUUUCUUCCGACGCUUGUCUUUCAAAGGAUUACGAAAGGGAAAGGCUUUAUUCCAUAAGAGUUCGGACGACGAUAGCAGUAGUAAGCAAAGCAAAACUAAACUAGCUAAGAUUGUUGUGGAAUGCCGUAAGGAGGGUAUUGUUAAUAACUUAAUUCCUGAAAGUGUUGAUCAACCAAAGUGGGAGAAAUGUAAAUUGGUGUUAGUUAAAGCAGUUGGUGGCUACAUGUUGGAGUUCUAUACGCCACCUAAAUCUACAAAGCCCCGCAGUGGAGUAUUUUGUUUCUUAAUAUCAGAAGCACGUGAAACUACAGCAUUAGAAAUGCCAGAUCGUGAGAAUACGUUUGUUUUAAAGGCUGACAACAAUAUGGAAUAUGUGAUUGAAGCGCAAAAUUCUGAGGAGAUGCGCAGUUGGCUGGCUACAAUACGCUAUUGUAUGCGGACACCGCCUACUCAACAACCGACUAUAGAAUCUGAUGUGAUUGCAGCUGCAAUGCAAACAUCUCCUGUUACUGCAAAUCCUAAUAGCAGUUUAAUAGGUGGUAGCACAGUGAAUGCUGUACAGAAUCCACAAUAUCACCAGCAGAACGCAUUAGGGUCAAAUACUAAUGUGGCCCCCAGCAGUUCGAUGUCAGAUAACACACUUUCAACAGCUGCUGCAUUAGCACCUGUUGACGGUAGCACGGUUGUAGAGACAAAUGUAAGCACAACUAAUGCAUAUGAAACAGCCACCAGACGUGUGGGACCAGGUGAGCGAGGUGAACAGCGACUCUCUGCCUCGAGUAAUUUUGACGCUACCGAAGGUGAUGAAGAAGGUGGUAUUAAUGUUGCUGACUUGACUGCUGAAAUGCGUCAAUAUCCAUGGUUCCACGGUACAUUACCACGUGCUGUUGCUGCUCAUAUGGUAUUGCAAGCAAAAGAAAGCGGCCAUGGUAACUUUUUAGUGCGUCAAAGUGAAACACGCAAGGGUGAAUUCGUGCUUACAUUCAAUUUUCAAGGAAGAGCCAAACAUUUGCGUAUGACUUUAUCUGAGAAAGGACAAUGUCGUGUGCAACAUCUAUGGUUUCCGUCAAUACAAGAAAUGCUUGAACAUUUCCGUACAAGUCCAAUACCGCUGGAAUCCGGCGGUACAUCUGAUGUGACUUUAAAGAAUUGGGUGCAUAAUCAAGGUGUAUUUGAUACUGGAGAGGGCGAAGGAGGAGGAGUUGGCGGUGGUAUUAACGGUGGGCAUCAACCGCAACAACAACCAUCGCCAAGACAUCCAACAGAAGUGAUUACAAUGAAUCUAAGUGUUCGCCUAAAGACUUGUGAAAUUGAAUUGCCAAUUCUCCAUCAUUCACAGCCGGCGAACCAGCAUCAGCAUCAGCUUCAGCAUCAGCAUCAUCAACAGUUGAGUCCACACUCUCUUACAAAUCAGUCGACGCUGACUUUACAACAGCAACCAAUUUCACCAGCAAUUAACACACAGACGUUCCAACAACAGCUGCGUGCAUCCACAAUUUCGCUGCAAUCACAAGCAACCACAAGUCAUAAUCAACAACAUCAACAGCACUCUAGUCAUCAUCAUAAUCAUCACGGAAUCUCGUCUACCAAUGAUGCUAACGCAACACAUGAGACGGGUCGUGCUGUCGAUAACCAGUAUAGCUUCGUUUGAAAUAUGGCCAGAUGAUUUUGAUCCAAAAGACAAAAUAAAUUUAAAACAACGUUGACUUAUACGAUAAAGGAAUAGUUGAUGAUGGUAAGUGAUAUUCACAGAGCGACAAAAUAUGUAAAUAACAUAGAAAACUUCUUUAUGUCCAAAGGCGACAGCUCUAAAAUAAAACCUGCGUUUUAAUUUGAAUGAUAUUUUGUUUAUACCGAUUAGUGCAUUUCGAUAACUUACGAAAUAUAAUCAAAAGAUGUAACUUUUUGGAAUGUUUUAUAUUUAUACAUAAUACAGUAAUCCCCCCAUAUAACGCGGUACUUUUAUAACGCAUUUUCAUAUUAUGCGAUUUCAAUCCCCCGUAUAACACGGGCAUUCCCCCAUAAAGCGCGGGGAUUUGUACAGUUCAUAAUUAGCUUCGCGUACCUUUACACGGUCUAUGUACCUAUACGGUCUAUACGGGAAUACCCUUAAAACGCGUUUUCCUAUAACGCUGAACCAAUCUACUGCGUUAUAGGGGGGAUUACUGUAUAUGCAAAGUAUGUGCCAUUGAAUAUUUAUAUUUUUAAACAAAUAUACACUUUUGUUUUUAA